AUGCCGUUCCUCGCCCUCCUGUUAGAGGUGAUUUGGAUCCUGGCUGCAGAUGGGGGUCACCACUGGACAUAUGAGGGCCCCCAUGGUCAGGACCAUUGGCCAGCCUCUUACCCUGAGUGUGGACGUGAUGCCCAGUCCCCCAUCGAUAUCCAGACUGACAGUGUGACAUUUGACCCCGAGUUGCCUGCUCUGCAGCCCCACGGAUAUGACCAGCCUGGCACUGAGCCUUUGGACCUGCACAAUAAUGGCCACACAGUGCAACUAUCUCUGCCCCCUACACUGUACCUGAGUGGACUUCCUGGAAAAUACGUGGCUGCCCAGCUCCACCUGCACUGGGGUCAGAAAGCGUCCCCAGGGGGGUCCGAGCACCAGAUCAACAGCGAAGCCACAGCCGCAGAGCUGCACAUCGUCCACUAUGAUUCUGACUCCUACGAGAGCUUGAGUGAGGCGGCUCCGAGGCCGCAGGGCCUGGCUGUCCUGGGCGUCCUGAUUGAGGCGGGUGACACCGAGAAUCCGGCUUAUGAACACAUCCUGCAGCACUUGCAUGAAAUAAGACAUAAAGGUCAGAAGACCUCAGUGCCUCCCUUCAACGUGGGAGAGCUGCUCCCCCCGCAGCUGGAGCACUUCUUCCGGUACAAUGGCUCGCUCACCACGCCCCCCUGCUACCAGAGUGUGCUCUGGACAGUCUUCAGCCGGAGGGCCCAGAUCUCAGCAGAGCAGCUGCAGAGGCUUCAGGAGGCCCUGUUCUCCACGGAGGAGGAGCCCUCCGAGCUCCUGGCCCAGAACUUCCGCUCCCCGCAGCCUCUCAAUCAGCGGGUGGUCUUGGCCUCUUUCACGCCAGCGGUGUCCUUGUACAGCACAGGCGAAAUGCUGACUAUAGGAGUGGGAAUCCUGGUUGGCUGUCUCUGUUUGCUGCUGGCUGUUUAUUUCAUCGUUAGAAAGAUCAGGAAGAAGAGGCUGGGAAACCGGAAGAGUGUGGUCUUCACCUCAGCCCGAUCCAUGGCUGAGGCGUAAACUCGGCCCACGGAUGCCUUCCCCUCACGCCAAUCAGGGAGCCUCUAAGUGGGGUGUGGGGACUGGCCAGAAAAGACUGUAGGAGUAGUCGGUAGCCCCUCUCCUCCUGCUGGACACCCCCGACAGUGGGGCAUGGACCCAGGCUCUCACUCAAAGAACAGGGGAGCCUUCAGACCAGAUCCCUACGUGGUUAAUGCAGAGGGCAGGCUGUGAGACGAUGUUCAGUUGUAGAAGUUGAGGAUGUGCCCAAAGCCCCCACUCCCAAACUAUGUCCCUUUCCUCGGAUGUGUUGCAGGAUUGUCCUUUAGGAAAAAGGGUUGAUGUUAGGGUUAUUAUUUUUUUCUCAAUUCAUUUAGA